AAUUUCCCGCGUUACGGUACGGGUGCCAUAUUGAAAAGUUUGCGGCUAGUUAUGAAGAAUUUUUGAGUUGCUGUUUUCUUCGUAUUUCGAAGACUUCCAACAAACAAAUGGGUGCGUCAAAGACAUACAUUUUCCUGUUAACCAUACACCUGGUCUGCUCCAUCACUGCACAAGAAGUAGUACGAAGGGUUCCGCAGGGUUUCGUCGGCAUGAGGGGCAAAAAGUACUACAACUAUGGAUCAGAGUUCUACAAAAGGAAACCACAAUUCUUUGUCGGAGUCAAAGGGAAGAAAAAUCACGACUUAUUCAACGAUAUGAAUUAUAAAAGAGCACCAAUGGGCUUCGUUGGAAUGAGAGGCAAGAAAGAAGAAUACCCAGACUUCACCAUCACAGACCGGAAUAACUACGAUUCGUUUAUGGAUAUGGCUUACAAAAGGGCUCCAAUGGGCUUUGUUGGUAUGAGGGGCAAGAAAGAUUUUUCAUACCCAGAUUUUAUCGAUGACAAAGACAAGAGUAACUUAGAUUUAUUCACGGACAUGGGUUAUAAAAGAGCUCCAAUGGGCUUCGUUGGUAUGAGAGGCAAGAAAGAUUUUUCAUACCCAGAUUUUAUCGACAGUAAGGACAAGGGUAACUUAGAUUUAUUCACGGACAUGGAUUAUAAAAGAGCUCCAAUGGGUUUCGUUGGAAUGCGAGGCAAGAAAGAUUUUUCAGAAAUGGAUUAUAAAAGGGCUCCAAUGGGCUUCGUAGGUAUGAGAGGCAAGAAAGAUUAUUCUUAUCCCAUAUAUUCAGAAAUGGAUUAUAAAAGGGCUCCGCUGGGUUUUCUAGGUAUGAGAGGCAAGAAAGAUUUUUCCAACUCCGAUAAUGUCAUCGAUGGCAUGAAUAACUUGGAUUUGUUUUCGGACAUAGAUUAUAAGAGAGCACCCAUGGGCUUCGUGGGUAUGAGAGGCAAGAAAGAAUCAUACCCAGAUUUCAUGGUCUUGCCAGAUAGAUCUGGUUCUUUGAUAGGGCAGAUAGAUUACACAACUGAUGAUAAUAAUAAGGAAGAAUACCCGAUUUUGAAUGAGGUUAUCAAUGAAUAUAUUAAUAAGUUACAGUCCAAUUUGAAUGCUGACGUAUCUACGGAGGCUCCGGAUAUUUCUGACGAAAAGGUGAACGAGGUAGAGAAACGAGCGAAUUUUCACAAAUUCUACGGUGUCAGAGGCAAGAAGUCAAUUCCAGCCAAAAGGCCUUACGACGUCUCCUUUCGGGGCAAAUUCAUCGGCGUACGCGGAAAAAAGGACCUCAAAAACCAAGAACCGCAAGAGAUCAAGUUUUUGCUGCCUCGACCCUGGCCCAAAAAACGGGGAGGGUUCCAUGGUAUGCGAGGCAAGAAGUCGGCCGACGAUGAUACCGUUUUAGAUGCAGAACCAAGCAGCGAAGUUGUGAUUCCGAAUUAAGUCUAGAAGCAAUAUCUGCAGCAUCCUUUAGUUAUCUCAAAGUCUAGUCCACCGAUAGGUACCUUCAUCGUAAUAAGUGCGCACUAAGGAUUAGGGAGCGAAGGGGAUGGUAGAAAGAAUACAGAACAAUCAACCAACUAUACCCUAUCCGCGGAAAGAAGUUAGCAUAGCGCUCUCUCUGUUACGCAAUCCCAUACAAAUGAUAGAGACAAAAAUCUCAAUGGGCGUUAACCAUUUU